GGGUACAUCGUAGAUACGAUUCACGAGGUUCUCGCGUGGCUUGAAGAGAGACCUAUUUUAGACCUCUUUGGCAGGCGUUAGACUCGCUCUUGCCGUGAAAUUGUCGACCCAGGGAAAUCCCACCAAGCGUCAUAAGUUAUAACCCAUGUACACCUGCCUUAAAUCUCUCUGUUUUGAUCUUCAUAUAUACCAGGGGUUUGCAGAUUUUGUAGUAUCUGGAAAGCCAUCCGCUUAGCGUCAUCCCCACGUUUCUGUUGAUGAUCAAUGGUUGCUUUUUCUUCCUCAUGAGCAACACUUCUUCGAUAUACCAAGGUCUCGAUCUCAAUGAUGAAUCUCAUCUCUCGUGAUGACCAUGUUCUUGGUGUUAAUCGGGGAGCCCAAGUAACAGGUGUUGCAUGUGCCUCUUUGGCCCUACCGUGGAUUGCCGGUAUACUUCGUUUUUAUGUCAGGAUUGGAAUUCAAAAGUUCUUUGGACCUGAAGAUUGGUUGACGGUUGCUUCUAUAACUAUACACACUGCUUUGUGUGGACUUUUAUUACGGUCACUCGCAUUUGGACUCGGUGCUCAUAUAUAUAAUAUCGAUUCAGAUUAUCUUGAUAUGCUUGCCAAGUACAUAUUUGCAAGUGAACUUCUUUAUGUUAUUACCAUGGCUAUCACGAAAGUUUCCAUUGGGGUCUAUUUUUUACGACUUGCCAACAAACGAUAUCAAUUUUGGAUUAUCUAUAGUGUUAUGGCUAUUGCAGUCAUGGUUAGCAUAGCAUACUUUAUCUUCGUAUUGUUGCAAUGUCAACCAAUAUCUUAUUUCUGGAAUAUGUUCGAUGACGGUAGCGGAUUUUGUUUGAGCACAUCAACUCGAGCCAAUGUCACCUAUGCACAUGCCGCCAUGAGUGCUCUAACGGACUGGGCUUAUGGCAUUCUACCAAUCACAUUUGUCUGGAAGAUGAAAAUGAACCCGCGCACAAAGCUAUCGGUUGUUCUUAUUCUAUCUCUCGGUUUCUUUGCAAGCACAGCAACAAUAGUCCGCAUAUACUACAUCAACAAGCUCAACCAGACCACCGACUACACUUGGGAAGGAAUCAAUCUAGUAAAAUGGUCUAUCGUUGAACCCGCCAUCGCCUUAACUGCCGCGUCUUUUGCCACGCUUCGACCGCUCUUCAAUGUCCAUCAGAAGAAAGCCUUUAGUAUCUACUCUGAUAGCUCGGCCACCGCGGGCAAAACAUCCCAGGAAACCCUUGUCGAUUCUGAUGACGAAUAUUCAAAACAAUUCGCUGCAAUGCUGGGCCUAAGCGACACGUGUGGCGUUCGAACAUACGUAUAUGCGGACAAAAAGAUCGUGCGGAAGGAUGAUUUAGAGAGAGAACGACUACAGGCGGCAUGGAAAGCAGAAGAGUUGGAUGAUUCAAUAGAAGUAAGUGAUCUGAGUGCAGGGUAUCAAUCGGGAGAGAGCAGUCGUUCGAUCGCAGAAAGUAGUGAGACGGGAAGUAGGGGUGGAGAAAGGAUUGAUUGGGCGAGUGGAUAUAAGACGACCGUUAUCACUCAGACGAGUGAAUGAUUUGUUUGAUUUGCGAAGAUACCUUUGCGUUUGCUUUACGUUUGUUGUGUUACUUAGCGGGAAUUUGGGAUGUUAUUAUUGGCUCUUCUAUUCUAUUUUAUGAUAUACUUUGGAAAGAGUGGGCGUGAAAUAUUAUCUUUCCA